AUAUCUUCGUGUUGUAUCCGUGCGAGUUUUAUCAAUAAUCUUAUGUAUGGCGGCGUCUUAGGAGUUUCGUCAGGUGAUUCAUAAUAGCAAAUAAAUGAAUUUUCUCUCUAUCAAUAAAUAUUACGCAAUAUUUUAUCACAUUAAACACUAUUAAAAUGGUCAUAGACAUCAGAGAAAGCUUAUGGCAAAAACGCACGGAAGCAUCGCAGAGUAAGAGGGGCGUACGUCUCCGUCAGAGAAAUGAUUUCUAACGGCUGGAUUUCGGCAUUGCUGAUAUAUCUCCAACUGAUAAAUGCGUGCUUUAGCACAAAGCCAUCUGAAGCCGAGCGUGCUUUUGUGAACAAUAUGACGCGCUGGAUUCAGAACGACAGCAUCAAAGUUCAAGUCUCCGCGUACAUGCUCUUCUGUCCCGCCCAGGAUCUGUGUUUUGGAGACCAAUUCCGACGGGACUACAGCUAUACACAGGAAGAGUCGGGCCACAGUUGUUCUUACUGUAGCUGCAGUGAAGGUUGUCAACGGAAGAAAAAUUGUUGUCCGUGGAGAUCGUAUGUGCAAAGUCAAAACAGCACUCCCGAAUUUGUGAGCUACACCAAUCAAGGAGUCUCGAAGCCUUCACGUUUCCAUAACGUAACACUCGAUUGUAGAAAGCCGAUUAUUCACCCUUUCGAAAGCGCCAUACAGCGAUACUUCAUGGUGACUUCAUGUCCAGAAUAUUUCAACGAUGUGGACACUAUUGAAAAGUGUGAAAGGUCUGAAUAUGUCAAUGACUACGAGGGAUACCGGCCCGUGACCUCUUUAAGCACCAAUGAAACCUACAAAAAUGCAGACUGUGCUCUCUGUAACGCUGAACCAAUGAAUUCGCUAAAACCAUGGGACAUCAACCUUCAUUGUAAGACAUUAGAGGAAAUUAACCAAAUAGAUUCCCCAGAUAAACUGCAACAGCGGCUAUUUGGUCCAUCGCGCACCUGUAACAUUCUGUUUUUACCCCCCUCGGACAUAUUUCAGAAGAGCAUGAAGUGUUUCCUGGAAAAAGACACGAAACGACAAUGCAACGUCACCGGCAUGUGGAAAAACUACGACGCAGACAUAGAAAACGGAUGCAAUUCGGACUUCCUUGACAAGUACAUGUUUUGUGAAUCGAGAUUAAGAAUCUUGCUCUUCAAAAAUAUAUUUUGUGCCAUGUGUAACGUAGGGAACUGGACAACAGAUCUGAUGAUAGAAUGUGAAAAACAGAUUUACUUAGGAGGUGGUGACCUGGUAUCAUUCUCCGCUUUGCUAGAUGUAAGAGGCAUACACUCGAAAGAAAAAAAACAACUAAAGAAAUGUCCAGGACAACAAGUUUAUGACGUAUUAUUGAAUAAGUGCCAUCCGAUAGUUUGUGAGUCGGGCAUGAGAUAUGAAAAUUCAGAAUGCGUUCCAAUCCACAAAGUAGUCGGACAAUAUAUCUACGAAGUCAACAUUUUAAUCAAACCCUUGACUGAAAUUUUUGAGGCGGUGGAUAGAAUACAUGAAAUUAUAUAUGCAUUAAAGACAAAUCCAGUAAUUUCGAAGAACCUGUGCUUUUUUGCAGCAAUGACGAGUGAUGAACUCCAUUUCACUUCAGAACAUUCAUCAGGAGGUGACAUUGCUCUCUACGCUUUACUGACCAUCAGCGAGCUACAUAGUCGGGUGGAAGUUACUGAUCAACUAAUUGAUCUAUUCAAACUUAGAUUUUUCAAUUUAUCCAUGAGGUACGAAGUAGUGUUCAGCGGUAAUUCGUUUAGAUCGUUGUACUAUCCGGGUUUAAAUCAAGAACCGGAAAUUAUGUAUCAGAACCCAGGGUAUGACGAAGACUGGUUCCUAAUUCUGCGUCAUACCUCUCUGGCCAAUAUUGGCAAGUGCAUGCAUACACCACUGGGAACUUAUCCUUGGUCAAUUGUUGCCCCCGUGACGAUAUGUACUAAAGUCGUCAUUCAUAAAAAUGAGACCCGAAUCGUUGUUUCUAACUAUACUCUAUGUUUUGUCGAGUUCGACUUUUGUGUCGAGUCUGAAUAUUUCAGAGAAUCUCGAGAUAAAAAACGAGUGGAAGUUUGUUUGGAUCAGUAUAUGGGCGGGGUGAGGGCUGCUUACUCUGGUCUACUCGUGUCUUUUACUGAUGAGAAAAUUCUUUCGGCAGUCUCUUUGUCCCUAUCAUCCCUCGGCUGUAUCGGUUCUGUUGUUAUAUUUCUAAUUUUUGACGAGGGUAGGUAUCUCCGUGGACUAAAUAUCAUAGCUACGACGAUUACAUUGCUCAUAGCCAAUAUCUUGCACUUCCUCUCUGGAGUACUUUCUUUUAUGCCAUGGUUCUGUCGCACAGUUGGGGUUCUGUCUCACUUUUUCUGGUUGGCAGUGGUCAUGUGGUUAACUGUUUCCUGUUUUUCCAUCUUUCGCACUUUCACUUCCAUGCGAUUCACCAAAGAAGACAGUCUUAAUAGUAAAAAGCGGUUCCUGUGGAACUCGUUUUACAGCUUCCUGGUCCCAUGUCUACUGGUGCUCACGAAUGCCUUGAUCAGCACUUUUGUGCUCCAAGACGAUCAGUACGGUUAUUCGGCCCUCACAUGCUACAUCUCCGAGUCAAAGAUGGUUCUUUACACCUUUGUCAUUCCUCUAGCGGUGAUGGUGGUCCUCAACGUUUUCAUGGUGAUCAUCACAGCCCGGGAAAUCAACAUGAAAAAUUCAUAUCGCAAGAACUCGGACAACGACGCCCACAUGGUUCCCGUGGUCUGUAAGCUAGCAACACUGACCGGAGCAGGCUGGUUCCUCGGAUUCUUCCAUCAGAUUUUCCAGAUUCAGCUGUUUUCCUAUCUGCAGAUACUUAUCACGGGUUCUCAGGGUUUAUUCAUUUUCUUUGCCUUUGCACUCCAGUUGAUCACCAAGAGGCUGGGAAAGAGAGAAUCUGAGAGGGACAAGGGAACUAAGUCUAUAACAUUCUAAGGUCUGUAUUGGAGUACGGUUUAGGAAAUUGUUAUAAGGAGUUCCUAUCACAUAUGUAUCUAGUGAGUUGGUCCAUUGGUUUUGCUAGUCUGCACGUGUAUGUUCUCACAUUAUUUUGCACACUACAGUACAUGUAUCAGGAUAUAAAAUUGUGAAAAUGAACAUCUUUUUACAUGUAAUACAUUUGAAUAUUCUCUCUCUCUCUCUCUCUCUCUCUCUCUCUGAAGAACUACUUUGUCAUUAGUUUCGACUUAUCGUUGUGCUUGCAUGUUGCUGUUGUUGUUUAGAAUUGUUUUUAAUGAUUUCAAUCAUGUACAGUUGUUCAAGUCAUGUAAGUUUAAUAUUAAAUCGUACCAUUCCUGAAGAUUAUGUAGAUAAAACGAAUACUAGUAAGAGGAAUCGUUCUUUGAAUAUUAUGAGGUGAUAAUAACGGUUAUUAGCGUCAUCAAAUCUAUCAUAAAGCCGUUUUGGCUAUAUUGGGUUUGGUCACGCCCUGAUCAAAAAUAUCAAAUCAUAAUAUUAAAAGAAUGAUUCCUUAUACCUAAAAGCAUUUGCAUUUAUAAGUAGCAAAACAUUCCAACAACAUGAAAGUAGUUGUUGAUAUCUUAAAUACGUCAGCAUAUGCAUGAUAAUCUACUUUUUGAUAGGAAGUUAAAGACAAUGAUUGCGACAUAUAAGGAAUAAGGAAUCAUUCUUUGAGUAUUAUGAGGUGAUAAUUUUGGUUGGGGCGUGAUCAAAUCCAAUAAAGCCCGAAGGGCUUUAUGAUAGAUUUGAUCACGCCCCGACCGAAAUUAUCACCUCAUAAUAUUCAAAGUAUGAUUCCUUAUUAUUUACAUUUAUAUAAUUUUUUGCCAUCGCACGAUUAAACAUUUAGAUAUAAAUGAGCAAACCCCGCUGGCGCCUCAAUUUGGCGUCAUUUGUAGUAUGGGUUAUAUAGUUCAAAAUCGAUACGUAGUGUUAUCACAGGCAAAGACAAUGGAAAAUGUAAAUAUAUCGUGAAAACAAUUAUUUAAAAUACAACCUCCCAAACAAUGUGUCAAACUUAUAUUUAAAGGGACAUGGUGACGCACAAACACAUGAUUCAGCAAAUAAAUUUUUACACGACUUCCACAUAUUUUAUGUGACCGAGUAAAUAAUAAAGACACGGUUCUGUGUUCAGGAUGUUUUAUAUGUACAAAAAGGUGAUUCUGUAAAUAAAUAUAAACACAUAUAAAUAUAUAUACAAUUUAUACACAAUAAUUCGUUACGGUUUAAAUAAACCUUUAAACUUUAUCAUAAUCUUAGUUUACUUUAUGUAGAUACUAAGAAAAGUUAUGUCAUAUAAAUUAAUACAAUAAAUACCUUGUGCGAGGUGUUGGUGUACAAAAUCGCCGGACCCACAGUGAAACAAAAUCAAAAGUAACCGGGAUUUAUAAUAAUAGAAAUGAUCUGAUUCGAUAAUACUAGCCAAUGGGAACAACGGCCAAUAGAAAAGUAAAGAAAGUGUUCACCAACUCAAUCCACCUGCGCACAAGAACAAGCGUAACUUGUUAAAUAAUUAGAUAUUGUAAAUUUUAAAUCUGCCCACAUACUCCCCUUCUUUGAAUUUUAUCGUCUCGAUAAAAAUCAAAAUUCAAACACACACUAAUCAACAUAAUAUCAUAUAUAAAUCAAAUGUUCAAUACACGUAUCGCAUUCACAGUCUAUGAUUCUUAAUCCCACAUACUCUUCUGUUUAUCGCGUAAUCGCAAACUCCGACGAAGAGAUAAGGAUGGCUUAACGUCACGUGCAGGGUAAUUGUCACUGCUUAUAUAUUUCGGCGGUACGCGUUUCAUAUCACGUCUAUUAAGGGUACGUUGCUGUCCAGUGUCUGAAACAACUGUAUACACACUGUCUUUGGCUGUUUGAACACGGUAUCUUGUUGUACUCCAAAGGUCUUGAAGUUUGUGUCUUCCUGUAAAACCUCUGUUUCUUAUGAAAACUUCGUCACCCACACCAAUCGGAUGAUCCACCAUUUUUGCGUCGAAGCGAUCUUUCCUCUGUGAUGCAUUUUUUUCCAGGUUUCUUUCAGCAUGCUGGAAUAAUUCACUAGCAUUAUUUAUGUGCUCUUGAAUGAAUUCAUCGUAAUUCACAUCAUUAUCCGAGACAGAAUCCGACACUGUUGACGACACAAUAAAAUCGACUGGAAUUUUAAGGUUUACGACCGAAUAAUAAAUAGAAAGGACUGUAACCAGUACUGGAAUUUGGAGACACAUUGUACGCAAAAGUAACAUCAGAUAAAUGAUCUGGCCAGAGUUUCUUCUUCUGUGGUGGUAGAGUUCUGAGUAAAUCGUGAAGUGUACGGUUAAAACGUUCUGUCUGUCCAUUGCCUUCGGGAUGGUAAGCUGUUGUUCUUGACUUUUGUAUGUCGUAGAUUUUGCAGAGUUGUUUAAUAAUAUCCGACUCGAAGUUUCUUCCCUCAUCGCUAUGAAUUCUAUCCGGUACACCAUAGUGAUGAAACCACUGUUGAAUCAAACACAACGCAACGGUAGAAGCUUUCUGAUCACGGGUGACCACUGCUUGUGUGAAUUUGGUAAAAACAUCUGUCAUCACAAUCACGAUUCUUAUACCAUAUGAAAAGAUAAACUUUCGAAAAAUUACGGUGUUCAUAAGUAAAUAAAUCUUGUAGGUAUAUUAUGUAUAUAAACUGACUGCCAUCAUUUUGACCCAGUAACCGGUUAGUAAUUGGCAUCAAUGAUUUAUAGUAAUAUAAUCUGUAUUUAUGUAUCAGAUGCACAUGUCAUUUUAAUAAAUGAUUGACUUAAUGCCUGUUACUGCAUCCAAUGCCUAUUCUUUGAUAUUUCAAUUUUUUAAAGGUCAGACAUGACUUAUCUUCCAUUAUUUUCUAUUAUUUGGAUAUAAAGUUUCAAUUCAAAAUAUAUAUUAUGACUUUAUAAAUAAGCAAUCAAUUGAUUGCAUUUUGUAUGCAAUUUAAAAAAGAAAAAUUCAAAAUAUUGUAACUCCGAAAAUAGCCUGGUAAUGCACCCUGAUUUUUGGGCAUUUACAGGUUUAGAUGUUUAAAUGCAAAUAAAGAAAACCUAAUCAA